AUGAAAAUUCUUCCGGACUUAUCCGCCAUAUCAAAUUCUGUGCCCGAAACACGGGCUUCAGUCGGGAAACCCUGUUCCGGGAAUCGACUUCUCGUGGAGUUUGGUUCAUGUGAAGUAGGCGAACAACAGUCCGCAACGUUCUACCUUGUCAAUCAGGGUGAAGAAUUGCCAAUACGAUUUCGUCUACCUCGGAUCGCUCAUUUCCGCGCGAAGCCCCAACAAGGUCUGAUCAAACCAGACACGCAACAGAUGAUACGAGUCGAUUUUGUGCCCAAACAAUACGGCACUUUCUUUGUGGAGCAACGAAUCCUUGUGCUUGGCCAGCAAUGGAAUGAACAAAAAUGCAAGAUGACAAUGGAUCACGUGAUCUAUGAGACAGCGGUGAUGUUCCACGCACGAUCUCAUCUGACCACACAACUGCCACGUGUAAAGUUCAAUCCAGGUAUUGUUCCUCUUGUGGCCAACGAAGUCGGUUAUUCCACCGAUCUGGUGACCUUCGGAUCAAAUUAUCCCUGUCCCCGUACCGCGGUUGUGGGACGCACCGGAGCGACCACUAUUCGCGGACUUCCCUUCCACACACAUCAAGAAUGGUCCAAGUGGUUGAAGAAGCACGGCACGGCCAGUCUGUCCGGUCAAAACCUGGCCCGCGGCACACUGAUUGCAUUCCCGAACGAUCGAGCCUGGAGUGUUCGGCCGGCACAAAAAUCCAUUGAUAUGAGGACUCCGUUUUGUCGCGUUUCACGAUACACCUACGUGGAUCCGGACUAUGAGUUCACGGACCAGGAAACCGCGCAUCAUCGGGCACACAUUCACCCCUAUGCCCAACUGAUACGGGAUCACGCGGAAUACACCAGGCAAUUCUCACGUGAUACCACCCUGGCUCGAUGGGAGAAACCGCCGUUCUACGGUCUGAUUCCGUAUAUUGCCGAACCGGAAGAGAAACCGUUACAACUAUCCGAGAUCAAAGAGGCAAAAUCAAGAGAUAUUUACAAAAAUCAAUAA